GGUUUCAAAAAAAAAAGUUCUCAACGGUGGAGAAAAGAAGAAGGGGGAAGAAAAGAAAAAGAAAAAGAAAAAGUAAAUAAAUAAACUAAACCAAAGAAUUUAUAUAAAUACAUGACGUACAUACAGUUCAUGGCGCGUAGCAGUAGCGAGUUGGCAUUUGGCAAUAGGGCGCAGAUCAGAAGAAGCAUCGGUUGAAAUUGAUUGAGACAGAAGAGACUGGGAGGGUGGUGGAUUGGGUAUACAAGAUCCUCCGGCUUCUGAAGCUCGUUUAGGACCUCACAGGCGCUGAGGAUGUCUACUCCAUCACGUAAGAGACUGAUGAGGGAUUUUAAGAGGUUGCAGCAAGAUCCUCCUGCGGGCAUCAGUGGUGCUCCUCAAGACAACAACAUAAUGCUUUGGAAUGCCGUUAUCUUUGGGCCUGAUGACACUCCAUGGGAUGGAGGUACGUUUAAAUUGACGCUUCAGUUUACUGAGGAUUACCCAAACAAGCCACCAACAGUUCGCUUUGUCUCUCGAAUGUUCCAUCCUAAUAUCUAUGCGGAUGGAAGCAUAUGUUUGGACAUUUUACAAAAUCAAUGGAGCCCUAUAUACGAUGUUGCAGCCAUACUUACCUCGAUUCAGUCAUUGCUCUGUGACCCAAACCCAAAUUCUCCUGCAAAUUCAGAAGCUGCACGGAUGUUCAGCGAGAACAAACGUGAAUAUAAUAGAAGAGUGCGUGAGAUCGUUGAGCAGAGUUGGACUGCUGAUUAGCUAUGGUUGUUAGGUGCUUCGGAACUUCAAACAAUAGUCCAAUGGCCUGUUUAAAUAACUGUGGGACUCGACCCUUGUGUUGUGAACUCGACUUGAUUACCCAAUAUGUUUGCUUGGCUUAUGUUUUUUCGGCUUUUCCCAGAAUGUUUCUCGGAUAUGAUACAUUACAUUUUCCUUGACAUAUAAAAUUCCUUGUCAUUGUGUCUCA